CAUCCAAAUCAGCCUGGCUCAUUAAAGCUCAAAUCUGAUGCUGCGAGUCAAGAGGGGAGCGUCUCCAGGCUCAUUCGCGAGGAGCAGUCCGGAGGAAUGGAGGAGGCGCGCAGGCUGUAAAUAGAUCAUAUCGGACACUAAUUUGAUUUAAUUUACAGAGUCCCGCGUUUAGACCCGGAUACCGACAAACAAAGGACAAUAAGUACGCAGAACGAGAUUUCCUCCGGAAUGUGUUCACAUCGGUCCGGUUGCCUCAGAGGACGCGCUCAAGCUUAAUGGGAGAUUUAUUGAUGCUUUUGUCGGUGAUUUGCACGUUCAAUCUAGGAGCAAAUGAAAGGGUGGGACAACGCCAUUGGCCGUGACAGGCAGUGUGCGGCAUGAUUUAUCUGUUUGUCUAGUUUUAUCUUUAACAAUCUAUCUCGACAUCACGUUGCUUGAACAACAGACGUUGCUGUAACAGUGAAGCUGUUGCAGUGUUUUCUUUGCUGCGAUACCGGAUUGGCUGAUUAUGCUUCAACAACCAUGUUGACGAGGCUUUUCAGUGACCCGUCUCUGCUGCCCGAUGUGCAGAAAUACUCGGGCUGGGAAGACAGCGAGGAAGACGACUCCAAAAUCAAAGAUGAGGAUCAGGAUACCCAGGACGGCACGGCGGGAUCUGAGCUGAGAGACAGCAGCCAGACGCAAUCCGAGCACGCUGGGGAAGAUGACGACGACGACGAGGUGAUGGAGGAAGAGGACGAUGGCGAGGACGCGGAGGGAGACAGGCCCAAGAAAAGGGGCCCCAAGAAGCGCAAAAUGACUCCGGCCCGCGUGGAGCGCUCCAGGAUGCGCCGGGUGAAGGCCAACACGCGCGAGCGGACCCGGAUGCACGACCUGAACUCUGCGCUUGACAACCUGCGCAAAGUGGUGCCGUGCUAUUCCAAAACGCAAAAACUUUCGAAAAUCGAGACGCUGCGGCUGGCCAAAAACUAUAUCUGGGCCCUGUCGGAGAUACUGCGCUCUGGGAAAAGGCCCGACCUUGUGUCCUACGUCCAGACGCUGUGCAAAGGACUCUCCCAGCCAACCACAAACCUGGUGGCGGGAUGCCUGCAGCUGAACUCCCGUAAUUUCCUAACCGAGCAGCAGUGUCAGGACGGCGGGAGGUACGGCUCCAGCUCCUUCCCAAUGCAUUCGUACCCAUACCAGUGUGCGCGCCUCUCCAGCCCCCACUGCCAGCCGGGCUCGGGCUCGAACUCGCAUCCGCUGAGGACGCACGGCUACUGCUCGGCGUACGACUCGCUGUACGGCGGGAGCGGAUCCCCGGAGUAUAACAGCCCCGAGUAUGAGGGGCCCCUCAGCCCCCCCCUGUGCGUCAAUGGCAACUUUUCCCUGAAGCACCAAGGCGCCGCGUCCCCCGACAACGAGAAGGGAUACUACUCUAUGCAUUACUCCGGCCUGCCUGGCUCCAGACCCGCCGGGCCUCCCAACCUGGUGUUUGGCUCCUCGGGAGCCCGGAGCGGCAUUCACUCUGAAAACGUCCCGCCUUACCACGACAUGCACUUGCACCACGAACGGGCCCCCGCGUAUGAUGAACUCAACGCGUUUUUCCACAAUUGAAAUAAAGAGUCGGUCGUGGGUCCCCAUGCAAUCAAAAAUCUAACCACGGCACACUUUUUAAAGAGCUUACCUGCCAGGAUUGAGACAUUCUGGAGAGAUAUUUCACUCGUUGUCAUCGGUGUUUUGCGUUCCUUUAUUCCGUCUUAGCUUUUUCAUUCUGCUAUAGUCACAUAUGUAGUGCAGGGAGACCCACACACAAUCGUAUCGCAACAGAAUCUGUCCAGCUGAAAUAAAGGAGAUUUGACGCACGAAUCAUGAGGCCUGUGAUGCCAAUAUUAAUGCUGUUUUAAAGGUGGACAUGUGUCUGUAUUAGUGGUUGUUUGCAUUUUGGUGACUGAAAGUUGUUUAUUUACCACUGUAUCACUGGCUUACAGCUACACUAUGAUAUUGGCGGUGGUUUUCUAAUCUUGUGAAAUUAGAAAUGAAUCCCCCCCCCCCUCCAAAAAAAAAAAAAAGAUGACGCAAAUUGACUUGCCUGCACGUUCGAUAUUUGGUUGGGAUUGUGGGUUUUGAAAAUGAUGAAGUAUCACGACAUGCAAGGGGAACAACUGAAACAAUAAAAAGGUGGUGUUUUUUUUUUU